AGGCCUGUGUGUUUCCAAGAUCAAACCCACCACCAUGAUACAACUCAAGCUUGAGUUCUUCCCUUCAAUUCUCCUCUUUGUUCUUCCCUUCCUCUUCUUAUUCAUCAAAACCUACUCAACCUAUGUUUCAAAGAAGAACUCUUCAGUUUCAUCUCAAAACAGCAAAUUACCUAGAGUAUAUCCCUUGGUUGGCUCUUCCUUUACAAUAGCUGCAAAUCAUGAGCGAUUCAACCAAUGGGCCACAGAGCUUCUUCAAAAUUCUCCCAAUGGAAACAUUCUCCUUCAUCGCCCUCUUGGCCAUAGUCAGCUCUUAAUCACUAAUCCUUCCAAUGUCCAACAUAUCCUUAAGACCCAAUUCUACAAAUACCCUAAAGGCGAUUUCUUCCGUGACACCCUCUUCGAUUUCCUCGGCGAUGGCAUCUUCAACGCAGAUGAUGAUAACUGGAAGUUUCAGAGACAAAUGUCAAGUCAUGAAUUCAGCACCAAAUCUCUCCGGAAAUUCGUCGAAACAGUUGUGGAAGACGAGCUCUCUAAUCGUCUCCUUCCCCUGCUCUCUGAAGCUGCCAACAAAAACACAAUUUUUGAUCUACAAGACAUCCUUCAAAGAUUUGCAUUUGAUAACAUUUGCAAAAUUGCUUUUGGGUUCGAUCCAGAAUGCUUAUCAACAUCAUUCCCACAACCCGUAUCAGAAUUUGCAGAUGCAUUUGAAGAUGCAACUCGAUUAAGCAGUGCGAGGUUUAAUUCCAUAUUCCCACCAAUUUAUAAGCUUAAACGAGCACUUAAUAUUGGUUCAGAGAAACGUCUACGAGAAGCAAUUUCAACAGUUAAAGAUUACGCAACAAAUCUCGUCAGAAAAAAGAAACAAUCUUCACUGAAAACAGAGGAUCUUCUCUCCAAAUUCUUGAGUUCUGGUCAAUCGGAUGAACGAUUCGUCACAGAUAUUGUCAUCAGCUUUAUCGUAGCCGGUAGAGAUACAACAUCGGCAGCUUUGACAUGGUUCUUUUGGUUAAUUUCCAAUAACUCUCAUGUGGAAGAAGAGAUUUUGAAGGAGAUAAGGGAGAAACCAGAAGCACUUGAUUAUGAUGAGGUGAAGCAUGUUGUGUACAUUCAUGCAUCGUUAUGUGAGACCAUGCGUUUGUAUCCACCGGUCCCAAUUGACAGCAAAUUUGCUUCAACUGACGAUGUUCUUCCAGAUGGGACUGUUGUGAAGAAAGGAAUGGGAGUUUCGUACAUUCCUUAUGCAAUGGGGAGGACAGAGAGCAUAUGGGGUAAAGAUUGGCCGGAAUUUCGACCGGAGAGGUGGCUGGAGAAGGAGGAAGAUUCUGAGAAGUGGAAGUUUGUGGGGAAGGAUCCUUAUACAUACCCAGUGUUCCAAGCGGGGCCAAGGGUAUGUUUAGGGAAGGAAAUGGCGUUCUUGCAGAUGCAGAGGAUGGUUGCUGGAAUUAUGAGACAGUAUCGGGUGGUGACGGCAGAGAAGGGUUUUGAUCCAUUUUUCACGUCUUACCUGUCCUCCAAAAUGAAAGGUGGUUUUCCGGUUAGAGUUGAGCGGAGGAAGUAAGGUCCGGCUAUC